AUGUCUGACCACCGAGUAACUCCGGCCGACUCGAGUCGUUUGUCAGAACGUCAUGAUGGCCACUUCCCCCCGGAAUACCAGUCUGGCCGGAGUGGCAUAUUUAAGGUAUCUGGCCAAGAGAAUACGCCUCGAGGCUUAAAUGAAUCCUACUACCGUGAGAGCGCCGCCGCCCUCGGAAUGCCCAUGGAAGUUGAAUCUCGUUCUCAUUCGGUGCCGCCUCCGACGUCUGCCGUCGUUGGCUACCACAGGUCUCCAUCCAUGUCGUCUUCUAGAUCCUCCUCCCGCUCAGAUAGAAGUAGAUCGCCUGCUCGCUCUUAUCCCAAUGUGUCCCGCGACAGUGAAUGCAGCCCUGAUUCGAGGGAUCAAACUCGCGGUUUGAUCCAAAGCAAUUUCUCCGGCACACGUGCCGGAAUCGGAGCCGGUAUUGUUGGAGCUGUCAUUGGUGGACUUGUCGCCAAACAGGCCUCGGAAGCAGCAUUUCGCCACAACCAAAAGAAAACUGGCCGCCCACGUCGUCACAGCUCUGAGGCUAUACCCAGUAUAGCGUCUACUGUUCUCGGCGCUGUAGCUGGUGCCCUCGGCGCAAACGCCGUUACCCAUAGACUGGAAGAUGCGAGACAAAGAAACAGGCGUCAGCAAUUAACGUGGGAGGAACGGUGCGGCCGAGAAGAGAACUUACGCCCUUGCGAUACAGGCAGACGACGACCCUUGAGUCACCGCAAUAGCAAGGGAUAUGUUUAUGACAUUCAUGACUACGACUAG